AUGGGGUCGACUGAAGGUGGAGGUGGUGGCGUAGUGGCUGCCGCCGGUGGAGGCGGUGCCGGGUUGGCCAAUUCGAUGGUGAACAGCGCAUCCGGUGAAGCGCUACAUCAACAGUCGACUGUGAUGACCGCGGCCAGUCUAGCCGGUACAGCAUCGGCACAGCAACAAGGCCAAUCUGCAGUGUGGCCGAAUAAGAAAGAAAAUUAUGUGCUGGAAGAUGCUAUUGGAGUUGGAGCGACUGCUACUGUGUACAAGGUAAUUUUUGUAUGCUUUUUUGCCAGUUUGAUUUUUAUCAUUUCUUAUUUUUCUUUCUUUACUGUCUUUCGAAAGUAAUC